AUGUUCCUGUGUUCGCGACUCCUACUAUCAUUCAGUGCACUGGCACAUGCGGCCCCUUUCUUGCAACGCGACAACACAAUUCCGUUGAGUGUCGAUUUGGGUUACACCAAAUAUGAAGGUCAGGUAUUCAAUGUUGGAGUUGGGAUCAAGCAAUGGCUUGGGAUGCGAUUUGCUGCUCCACCGACUGGAGAGCUACGAUGGAGAGCACCAGUAGAUCCGGUUGUAAAUAAUACUGUACAAAGUGCAAAGAAUUUUGGUCCUGUCUGUAUAGGGGUGGGUCAGACAAUUGGUCCAGAGCUCAAUGAGGAUUGUCUCUUCAUCAAUAUCUUCUCACCAGCAAAUGCAACAGAGAAUUCAAAACUUCCCGUUUGGUUCUACAUCCAGGGUGGAGGAUAUUCGGGUGAUACCAAUAACAAUUACAACGGAACUGAUAUUAUCAACCGAUCAGGCGGGAAUCUGGUCUUUGCUCAAAUCAAUUAUCGAGUUGGUGCUUUUGGGUUUCUUGCUAGUGAGAGGGUAAGAGAUGAUGGAGAUCUGAACGUUGGUUUCUUGGAUCAAAGAAAGGCAUUAGAAUGGGUACAAAAGUAUAUCUCGAAGUUCGGAGGAGACCCUGGUCAUGUCGCUAUUCACGGAGACUCAGCAGGUGCGGGCUCCGUGGCAAUGCAUCUCGUUGCUUAUGGCGGCCGAGACGACCAUUUAUUCGCUGGUGGGGUAGGAGAGUCUGUGUUCUUCCCUACCCAAAGAAAAGUCAGCGAGCUGGAAUUUCAAUUCAAAAACUUCCUCAAAGAUACAGGUUGUGCAAGUGCUUCGGACUCAAUGGCAUGCCUUCGAUCGAAAGACCUACUUACCCUACAAAAUGCAAGCAGUACGGGACAUCCUUAUCCAGGAGCCGCCUCGCCACCAAUCUUUCCAUAUUCUCCAUGUAUCGAUGGCGACUUGCUAAAGGAUUAUCCGAAUAUUCUGUUUGCGGAAGGAAAGUUCGUCAAAGUUCCGGUCAUGAUUGGCGAUGACACUGACGAAGGAACUGGAUUUGCAGCCAACGCUUCUUCGCCACAAGAAGUCUCUACUUUUAUGCACAACAACUAUCCAGGGCUGACGCACUCAGACUUGCUGCAAAUAAACAAAAUCUACCCUUUGAUGCCACCAUUGCCAAAGCACGCGGCGUAUUUUCCUUCAGCUGAGAAAGCUUAUGGAGAAGUGACCUUCAUUUGUCCUGGGAUCUUGAUCUCCGACUCGGUGUCAAAGUAUUACGGUCCAACCCAAGUCUGGAAUUACAGGUACAACGUCCUAGAGGCUGAUAAUGUGGAGAACGGACUUGGCGUUCCCCAUGUCUUCGAGACUCCUGCUAUCUUCGGACUCGGCCUUUCGGGAGCCCAGUACGGAGAAGGUACGAGCUAUGCAAAUUACAAUUCUGCUGUAGUUCCCGAAGUUAUGGAUUAUUGGAUUCAUUUUGUAAGGUAUCUGAACCCAAACUCGGUGGAGGAGAAGAGCACAGGACCAUAUUGGAGCACCUGGGUCAGCGGUAAUGACAGACAGAGGAUAGUCAUACAGACGAAUAUGACAAGGAUGGAGACUGUCCCUCGGAAUCAAAGGGAGAGAUGUCAGUUUUGGCAAGAGUUGACGUCGCAUACUGAGACCUAA